AUGAAGGUGUUAAUUAGCGGUGCCGGUAUAACUGGCAAUGCUCUCGCUUACUGGCUCUCGAAGCUAGGCCACGAUGUCACUGUUAUUGAACGUUUCCCUGAGCUUCGAACCACCGGCCUCCAAGUAGACCUACGCGGUCCCGGAAUCGAGGUCUUAAAGCUUAUGGGAUUUGACGAAGCUUUCCGCGCAAAGUCAGUGCCGGAGCAAGGAAUGCUUAUAGUCGACAGCGCAAAUAGACGACGUGCCUACUUUGGAGUGAACAACUCCGGCAAAGGACGACAGAGCUUUACCACUCAAUACGAGAUCAUGAGAGGCGACCUCUGUCAGCUCAUGUACGAUGCUAUUAAAGAGAAAGUCAGUUUUCGCUUCGGAACUUCGAUUGAGAGCUUUAAACAAAAGAACAAUUUGGUCGAAGUACACUUCUCAGACGGCAAAACGGAACAAUUCGAUUUCUUGGUUGGCGCCGACGGCAUGGGCUCAAACACUCGAAAACUGAUGCUGGGCCCUGGUGUUCAAGACGCAUUACGUCCAGUAAAGGGUGCCUAUACAGCCUACUUUACAAUCCCUCGUCCUAUCCAGAAAGGAGAGGAGUAUAACUGCACGUUUUAUCUGGCAACUAGACGACGUGCCAUCAUGACUCGAAGGCACACUCCGGACGAGAUCCAGAUAUAUCUGCCCUGUAAUACUGAGUCGGAACGAAUGAAGAAGGCUCACCGAGCCGGCGUCGAAGAGCAAAAGAAGGCUUUGGCGGAAGUUUUCCAAGAUGCUGGAUGGAGCGCAAAGAGCAUCUUGCAAGACAUGUACGACUCUAAAAACUUUUACUGUGAGCGUCUGGGCUUGGUCAAACUCGACUCUUGGUUUGACGGUAACGUAGCUCUUGUCGGUGAUGCUGCGUACUGUCCGUCGCCACUUACAGGCAUGGGCACUACCUCCGGCCUUGUAGGAGCUUAUGUCUUGGCUGGUGAGAUCAGCCGUUGCUGCGGAAAUGCAAAGAGCGGAAGUCAAAAGCCUACCGAAGGACUUGAUGUGGCACUUAAGGCUUAUGAUGAUAGAUUUCGACCGUUCAUCGAGCUGGUGACAGAUGGCAUUGGUGACAAUACUGUCUUUUGGAACAAGAUGGUUUCGUCAUCUUUGGCCGUUGCUAUGGUCAACUUGCUCCUUGGGCUAGCUUCUUUCUUUGGAGUCAAUAUUGGAAACUGGAUUCUGCAGGAGAACACGCAGGGAUGGAAGUUACCAAUCUAUCAGAACCUCUAA